UGGCCCGCACAAACCAACUAUCAUGGGACCAAGUUUCUUAGGACCUGGAGACAACGCCCCUUUCAGGUGCUACGCAUCAUCAAACCCUCCCAGCUCCUACAAAUGGUUUUUCAAUGGGUCUCUAGUUUCCAACACAUCUGAGUAUGUCUCCCCUCCUCUUACCGAAGACAUGAGUGGGACUUACACCUGCAUGGCCUACAACAACAUCACCGGCAAAAACAGCAGUGCAGACAAGAUGCUCACUGUUUUGGCUCCAGUGACUAUGGCGUCAAUAAAGAUUGUCGGAGCUCAGCCAAUCGAGAACCACACUUUCACUCUGACCUGCGAGACAGAAGGAAGUGUGGAGUCAGUUAUCUGGAUGUAUAAUUGGUCCUCACUGUAUGCUGACAACAGAAGAAACUUGUCAAUGGACAACACCACCCUCACCUUUGAUCCUGUCAUGAAAUCUGACAAUGGGAACUAUCAGUGCGUAGCAUCCAACCAAUUCAGUAGGAACUACAGUCAUAUCUUCUCGCUGGAUGUUUUUUAUGGACCAGAAAUGCCAACUAUUAUGGGUCCCAAUGCUGCUAAGAGAGGAGACAAUGCCACAUUCAGCUGCUACGCCUCAUCAAACCCUCCCUGCUCCUAUGAAUGGUUCUUCAAUGGUUCUGUAGUGUCCAAUACGUCUGAGUAUGUCGCAUCUCUUCUCACUGACGAAUCGAGUGUGAUGUACACCUGCAUGGCCUACAACAACCUCACCGGCAAAAACAGCACUGCAUACAAGAUGCUCACUGUUUUUGAUCCAAUAGAAGAUGUACAAAUAGAAACACCAAUGAAUCCUGCCAUAGUAGGUCAUUUUUAUGAACUAACGUGCAAUGUGACUGGAACUGCUAAGCAUUUUUACUGGAUGAAAAACGGUGAGCUUCUGCAUGAAGACAACAGAACUGUUUUCCACAUGGAUAACAAGAUAGUCACUUUCAACCCGCUUGAACUCAAUGAUACUGGACUGUAUCAGUGUAUGGCUCUGAAUCUUUUUUGGAACAAGACAAGCCCUUCUUACAUGCUUCUUAUGAACUAUGGACCAGAAACACCCAUGAUUGAUGCUCCAGCUUUUGCGGAGGAAGGGCACUCGGCUGUCUUUACCUGUUCUGCCAAAUCAGUGCCUCCGAGUCACUACAGCUGGUGGUUCAAUGGCUCCAGCGUGGCCAAUUCUUCUGUGUUCACAACUGACCCUUUGUCUUUCAAUAUGAGUGGAGAAUACACCUGCGUGGCCUACAAUAAUGUGACGGAAAACAACAGCACUAACUCCAAGAUGCUCACAGUCAUUGAGGCAAUAACAUCAGUGAUGAUCAGAAUCACCACAGUUCCAAUAAACUCAGAUGUCUUCAUUCUCGCCUGUGACGUUUCUGGGCCUUAUGACAUGAUCUACUGGAUGAAGGACAACAUGCACCUCAACAUGACAAACUCCACAGCAAACCCUUUCGUGUCCUACCACAUUAAGAACAACAUGCUGUACUUCACUCCAGUGAAUCGGGUUGAUGACGGGACAUAUGAGUGUGUCGCUACCAAUAAGGCUGGUCAACACAAAAGCCCCACAUAUGUGCUCCUGGUGAACUACGGCCCUCUGAAUGUGAUGAUCUCUGGUCCAGAUAAAGCAAAGGUUGGCAGCUCCGUGUCGUUGACAUGCUCCGCUGAAACUCGGCCGGAUUGUGACUUCCACUGGUUCUUUAACAAUCCGUUAUUACCGAAUGUAGAGGUCGGUCCUGUUAUCACUUUCUCUGUGACCAAGGAGAAUGAGGGAAUCUACGUAUGCAGGGCGAGGAAUCCUGUGACCAAUAUCGAAGCGUUCCAAUACAAAACCUUCAAUGUCAUUGGUCACGCCUCUGCCCUCCACUUCCAUUCCCGAGGCGUUCUGAUGUUGAUGGGUGUGUUUGCUUUAUCUUUCCCUGUGCUGUUCAACUGAGUCCUUCACAUUUUGUCCAAUUGCUCCCUCUACAGGCUUAACACUAACAGUCAUAUUAUAACAUGUAUGGAAAGGUACAUAGUCAAUGAUAUGAUUUUAAUGUUAUCAGUUAUUGUGUUUCUUGUUGUUUUGAAAGGCAACGAUGACUUAGAAAGCGUGACUGACUUUAAAUUAAGUAACAUUUUGUUGUUGGAUAUUUCUUUUUAUUAGAUUUAUAUUUGUUAACGUGCAAUACAUUAACACCGGCAUUGAAAGUGGAAAUCAUUUUAAUACUGUGUAGGGUUUUAUAUCAAAUUCAACUCCAAAUCAACUAACCCCUUGCCCUUAUUCCUCCAAGCUUAGCACUUUCUACUUUUGUUGUUAUUUUUGUUUUACUUGCUUGUAAGCGCUUUGAUCACCAGGAAAAGCACUUUAUAAAUGUAAUGUAUUAUUAUUAUUAUUAUUGUUAGUAGGUCAAGGUAAAUGUAAAUCGAAUCAUGCUUUAAUUCAUAGAAUGUUUUUCCUAAUGAAUAAAUAAUCAACACAAUCAAAAUCAAUUUAGUUGGGACUUUAUUGAGGAGGAUACAUUGUCUCUGUGCUUAUUCAGAAAGUUAUAGUUACGCAAACAUUGUCAAAAAGCUACAACUGUUUUUUUUAAUCAAUAUGCAUGUUAGCGAUAAAUG